AUUCUUCUUACUUCCUUCCCUAGCAGGGUAAUUGCUUAACAACGCGCUCGCCAUGAGCCGCCCGUCUGCUGGCAUGUCACUCCACCAGAGGCUUGAGGCCGCCAGUGACAUCUCUGGCUUGUCUUGCAUAUCAGAGGAUCUCAUUGUCUCAUGUCUUCGCAAGCGUUUCAUGUCUGAAUCAGUUUACACCAACAUCGGUACCAAUUCCCUUGUCACCGUGAACCGCCACAAACUAUCGCGACACAACGGAAAACAAGUCUCCAUUAGCACCUCAUAUUUUCAGCUCGCAAAUAAUGCCUACUACCACAUGAAACGAACUGCCCAGGACCAGUCUAUUCUGAUCGGCGGUGAGACUGGCAGCGGAAAAUCAGAGAACCGCAGACUCGCCAUAAAGACCAUUCUUGAGCUUUCCGUCUCCAAUCCAGGAAAGAAAGGCUCCAAACUCGCUACCCAAUUACCCGCCGCAGAGUUUGUCAUCGAGUCCUUUGGUAAUGCCCGCACUUUGUUCAACCCAAAUGCUUCUCGCUUCGGGAAAUACACGGAGUUGCAGUUCACUGACCGUGGGUGCCUCUCCGGUGUUAAGACCCUCGACUAUUACCUCGAGCGCAACCGCGUAUCUUCCAUGCCAUCCGGAGAGCGCAACUUCCACAUCUUCUACUACCUCGUGGCAGGUGCAACUCAGGAAGAGCGCCAGCACCUCCACCUCUUGGAUAAAACCCAGUACCGUUAUCUCGGUCAGCGUAGUGCUAUCCCAGCACGCCAAAACGGUGUUCAGGAUGAUGAUGCCAACUGCUUUGAACAGCUCAAGGUCGCUCUCAAGACAAUUGGCUUGUCCAAGCGACACGUCGCUCAGACUUGCCAACUUCUCGCUGCCAUUUUCCACCUCGGCAAUCUUGAGUUUACCGUUGACCAUGGUCGUGACGUUGACGCUGCUGUCGUGCGUAACACAGAUGUCCUUGGCAUCGUUGCCGAAUUCUUGGGUGUCCAAGCGGGUGCUUUGGAGGGCGUAAUGUCCUACAAGACUAAGCUUGUAAAGAAGGAGCUCUGCACCGUCUUCCUUGACCCUGAUGGUGCAUCUGAUAACCGAGAUGACCUCGCAAAAACGCUGUAUUCUCUUCUCUUUGCAUGGUUGAACGAGCAUCUCAACCAGCGGCUGUGCCGUGAAGACUUUGACACAUUCAUUGGCCUUUUCGACCUCCCUGGACCACAGAACAUGACCAGUCGCCCCAACUCCCCUGAUCAGUUCUGCAUCAACUUUGCCAAUGAACGCUUGCAGCACUUCGUCCAGAAAUGUAUCUUUGAGGCUCACGUGGACGAAUAUCAGAACGAAGGUAUCUCACAUUUUGUUCCCACUGUCUCCUACUUCGACAACUCCGAGUGCGUGCGACUGCUUCAAAACAAGCCGGGUGGUCUUAUCCACAUCAUGGAUGAUCAGGCUCGCCGCUCGCAUAAGAAGACUGGUCACUCGAUGGUGGAAGCCUUUGGCAAGCGCUGGGGCAACCACUCGUCAUUCAAAGUCGGUGUCAUAGAUCGUUCUGGUUUCCCCACGUUCACCGUCAAUCACUUCAACGGCUCUGUCGCCUACUCCGCUGAGGGCUUCCUGGACCGUAACCUCGAUGCCCUUAACCCUGAUUUCGUUUCCUUUCUUCGUGGCGGGCGCCUUCAUGGCUAA